AUGAGUGCACUGCUGCGGGAGCCCGCCGUUCUGCGCGCAUCCCGCGCACUGCCCGAAACUUCUGGCAGCAGCGGCGGUGCCGGAAGCGACGGUGCCGGCAGCGCCGGCAAUUGCGGCGCGAGCAGCGGCGGCGCGAGCAAUAUUUGUGACGGUUGCGCCUACAGCCUGUUCCUCUUCAUGAUGCAUGACGACGUCAUGCUCUUGGUUCUGGAGCAGCUUCGUCUGUCCCGCGACGUGCCGUCCCUUCUCUCUUGCCUGGCGUGCUCGCGCCUGCUCGCGUGCCUCACCCGGCAGGUCCUCCGCCAGCACUUCCCGCUCUUCGAGCUGCUGCCCGAGCUGCUCGCCCUCCCCGCGCACCUGCAGUCGCACGUGAGCGAGCGGUGCAAGGUGCACCUCUCCGCCGGACGCCUCCCGGGCGGCCUUCUGCGCGACGGCUUGUACGCCGCCGUCCAGCGGCUGCUGCAGGGCGAGCUGCCGCCCGACGUGGAGUGGCUGGUCGUGCAGCAGUGGAGCAGCACGCUCGAGCAGGAGCUGCACGCGACGGCAGAGGCGCACCGCCGCUGGCGCAUCGGGUACGUGGGCAUGCCCCCCGGACGCUACUACCGCCUAGGCGGGCUCGACGACAAGGGCGCGUCGGAGCACUGGUUCCGCUUCCGAGGGGAGGAGGCGUCGGUGGCAGACUUCUUUGCAGAGAAGAGGCAGCAGCCGCUCCGGCGGCCGCAGCUGCCCUGCAUCCUCGCGGGGCCCCGCUCGAACCCGGGCCUCAUCCGCCUCCCGCUCGAGCUGCUCCGGUUCGAGGAGCCGCAUGACGCGGCCGCCCGCCCGCCGCAGCCCGACGAGGUCGCGGCGAUGCCGCCCGCCCUCCGCGGGCUGGUCGAGUACAUCUGCCGAGGCGCGGAGCGAGAGCGCGACACGCCGGACGCGGGCGCGGAAACCAAGAGCGAGCCGGCUGCUUCGGUCUGGCCCGACGGGCCAUACAGCGCGGACGGGCUCUACUUCUUGUGCUGA